AUCAAUAAUUUGAUUCUAAAAAGAAAGAGAAUGACCAAACAUUGUUAAAUGCAUUCUAUUGAGAGCCCAGGUCUCAGAGCCAAACAAAAAGUGUGGUGAGAACCACUGCUUUAUUAACAUUGAUUUUGUUGCUAGGUAAAGAGACAUAUUCCUCCAUACUCUCAGUUUGAGGUGACCUAAAUAGCUGUUGGCUUUUGCGAGAUGGUUGUCUGUUUUUCUGGAUAGUGACGCAUUGUUGGAUAAUGAGCUGUCCAGGUAUAUGUACCAUGAAUAUCACAAGUGAUGAAGGCACACACAAUUUACUCGAUGUCAGUGACACAAUCUAUACUGCCUUUGACAUUUUGAUUAACUGUUUUUUAGCACAAGCGUUGGCUUGGUUCGGUUUUCUUGGUAAUAUAUUGAAUAUUUGUGUCUUGUCGCAACAAGGCAUGAGAGACACAACAAAUUUAUUGCUGCUGUAUCUGGCUGUCUCAGAUUUAAUUUUUUCUAUUUUGACAAUCGCUUAUCGAAUUCAAAACAUUGUUUUCUACGUUGAUAGACAUUUAUCAGUUACAAUAUUAUCUUAUUACUAUGAAAUAUUUGAUAAUAUAAAAUAUACAGCUUUAUUUUCAGGUACAUAUUUGAUCACAAUGUUAUCUGUAGAAAGAAUGUUUGCUGUUUGUUUUCCAUUUCAAGUUUCUAGAAUUGUAACACGUUUUAGAAUCAAAAUAUGUGCAUUCAUUAUAACGUUUAUUAUUUUUGUAAUCCAGUUGCCUCUGUAUGGUCUCACUUACUUAGACCUUUAUAUUGUGGACAAUGCUACUGAAAUGAGAAGAUAUGUGACUAAUUUUACUUUAAACAACUACGAUUUUUUAAAAAAUUUUUAUCUGAGUACAUUUGUCAAUGUUUAUUCAAUGGUUAUUCCUAUAGUUAUUGUUAUGGUAUGCUCAAUAAUGACUAUAACAACAAUUAAAAUGUCUUUUAAAAAUACUAGGAAAUUAUCGACAAACUCUCAACUAAAAAGAACAAAAGAAAUAAGAUCUGUGAAACUAAGUCUAGUUUUGUCAACGUCUCUUAUAAGCCUAGUUCUUGUACCAUCAGGAUGUAUUGAGACAGUACUUAUAACAAACAGACCUAGUGUCCAUUUAUCGGAAAAGGCUUAUCGAUUACUUUUUUCUUCAGAUCAAAUUCUUUAUAUAAUGAAUUCGUCAUGUAACUUUAUUUUGUACGUUUUAACAAGUCAGAAAUUUACUAAGACAUUAACAAAGAUGUUUGUACUAAAAAAGUAAGUUUGUUAUGCAAAAAAUAUUGUGGCUUUAGAAUCAUCUUCAGACACAAACAAUAUUGAAUAUUGUCACAAUAAAUGUUUUCAAACUAAUUUCUAUUUUUUUUCUCAAAUUUCGUACAACGUCAAUGUAAUGUAAUGUAAUGUAAUGCACUUCAGCCGCUACAAACUACAGAGGUUAUCACAGCACACUGUCGUCAAGAAGAUAAAAUGCCGCCUAGCUCAUCAAAACAGAGUAGCUUUUAAUCAGACAACCAAGA